UAGAAACGUUAACAUUUUAUGAAUUAGGCCGCGUUUGGUUGAUGUAAUUGUUUGUUGUGAACGCAUGCAUGAAUGACGAUGGCAGAGUGCGAAGAUGUAGAAGGGGGUGCACUUAGAAUGGUACCGCCAAGUACGACCAAAGGUAUAACACCGCUCGCACGUCAGUCCCUUAUUCCGACCGAUACAGCCGUCCAACCCCGGUUGUUGUCAGUGUUGAAAAAGCUCAACGAUAAACAACAGGACGUUUUAAAACUAAAACGGGAUUCUGUACUUUCGAUUGACCCGUAUGAACUGUGGACCGAGGGAACGCGGUAUUCAAUAGCGUUAACGUUUUUCUUCCGUGGUUUUGUUUUGUCUCGCGCACACGCUCGUUUUUAGCGCGCCAAUGCACGAACUAGUACCUGCGAUGGAAAACGGUCUGAGAAAAAAGAGGAAAACGGAAAACGCCGGCUUGGUCAAGGAUUUCGUCCAGCGGAUCGACAUGGUCGCCCUCAGUGGAAACGAUUUGUUCAACGGCUACUCUCAGAAAGCCGAAUCCAUCAAGAUCACCCCUAAAGAUCAGACUGUCAAAAACGAGGAAGAACCCGCGAGCCUGUCCUGGCUCGUCAACCUCAGUGCGGCAUCUCUUUUUCGCAACACGACAGACCCAUUGCCGCUCAGAGAAUAUGAUGGCCGUUUGGAAUACGUGGACACGUCGCAGAACGCGAAGCCGGGCCUGACUUACACGGAAUUGAUAGAAAAAGCGCUAAAAGAAAAAGGAGAGCUGACCGUAUCUGAAAUAUAUAAAUGGAUAUACAGCAAUUAUCCUUAUUAUAAGAAGCACGAUGGAAGAUGGAAGAACUCAAUACGUCACAACCUAAGCAUAAAUCCUCAGUUUAGAAAAGGGGAAAGAUGUAACAACGGAGGCCAUUUCUGGACGCUGAAUAAAGAAUACGAUGAUCAAUUCAAGCGUUGGCAAGAACAGAAGAAAGGAUCGAGGGAAGAGAGGAAACGUAAAAUUAUACAAAAAAGGGAGGAGGAGGAAUUGGAACUAGCAACAAGGAGCAUUAUGCUGGACAACAAUAGCAACGAAUCGGCCAACUUUUCAACGAACAACGACCCAACAUUGGUGAGAGUGGCCACAGACAUUCUCAACGGGAUCGAUCGACAAGUGGAAGUCGAAUACAUGGUUAAAGACGAAAGUGCUUCAGUCUGUAUUCGAUCUUGUUAUCCCAAGUAUAGGUGGCUUAUAUAUGGUCUUGCAGAUUAUCAUUUGGCCAGUAUGUCUGCGUGUUCAUUACCUUAA